AUGGCAGCAUAUUAUCUGCUGCUGGUGGCUGCAGCCCUGUCUGUGCUGUCAUCGACUGAGGCCGGUUGCUACCGUGGCCGUCCCAAGCCCGUCAUCCCUCCUGAGCUGUACCACUGGAACGAUGAGCCAACCACGCUGUUGGCAGCGAGGCACCUUCCUCGCAGAUUUGACUGGUCUGAUGUGGAUGGGCAAAACCUGAUUGUGUCCUCCUGGGGCCAGCAUCAGCCCAUCUACUGCGGGAGCUGCUGGGUGCAUGGCACUCUCUCCAUGGUUCAGGACCGGCUAAAAAUCAGCAAGAAGGGGAAGGGCCCAGAUGUGAUGCUGGGACGGCAGUCACUGCUGAACUGCGCAGCAUAUGAGGGCAUGGGAGCAGGCUGCGAUGGUGGCGACCCCAUAGAUGUCUUCCGCUACAUGGCCAAGUUUGGGCUUCCUGACGAGAGCUGCAACACGUACAGCGCCACGGAUCACACCAAGUUUGACCAGUCCCUGAAGCACUGUCCGCUCGGGGCUGUCUGUCGGAAUUGCAUGCCGCUGAAUGAUACCGCAGACACCUGCUGGGCUGUCAAGUCCCCCAUCCUGUACAAGGUCAAGAGCUGGGGCAAGAUCGAAACUGCCCACAAGUCUGAGCAGGAGUCUGCGAUGAUGUCAGAGAUCUACCAGCGGGGCCCCAUUGUGUGCUCAAUCUCCACGCCCGAAGAUUUCACAUACGGAUACCGCGGCGGCAUUUACAAGGACCCCCUCAACUACACCAGGGAGACUGUUGACCACAAUGUGGAGGUGACCGGCUGGGGUGAGGAGCACGGCGUGCCGUUCUGGAUUGUGCGCAACUCGUGGGGCACCUUCUGGGGCGAGAUGGGCUUCUUCCGCAUCGAGCGCGGCAUCAAUUCCCUCUUCCUGGAGGACAGCGACUGCUGGUAUGCCGAGCCGGAGCAUGAGAUGGAGGAUGAGGUGGAGGAUGGCGAGCUGGUGGGCAGCAUGUAUGGCGUGCUCGACGCCAAGAGCGAGCAGGGCAGCGAGCGUGAGAGCACCACAGCCGCGCCCAGCAAGCUGGAGAGGGCGCUGGACAAGGUCCGCCUGGAGAUCCAGAAGCAGCUGAAGCUGGCAGACAACACGGCGGUGCAGGUAGCUGCGGCGGAGGCUGCGGACGCGCUGCAGAAGAUUGGCGCGACGCUGAGCGGGCUCAAGGCGUCCACCGCUGACCAAGCCGCUUCGUAGGCUGGCUUGUGGCUCCGGACAGGAGUAUUGCUUGAUCUGUUCUGAUACCUGUUUCAUGAAUGAUGACAUGCGCACGAUGCAAGUGCCUGUGGGUACUGGGUUUGAUUACAAAAUGAUCUUCCCUUGAAUCAACCUACUUAUCUACUAUACUAGUUGACUCGAAGCUGCAAUCUUGACUUUCUCGAUUACAGAAGGCCAGAACAACAAUUUCCUUUAUUUUAUGGUGACAUUCAUGAAGGCAGCAUCUUUCAUUAAGUUUUUGCCUCAAAAAUUUGCAAUCUCCGUUUGUGUGAGGGAGGAAAUUAUGAGGGCUUGAUGCCUCGUGUAAUACAAUGCACGGC